CAUACACAGAAGAAAAUAGGUUAUCAUACAUUUUUCUCUUGCAAGAAUCUCAGUACAUUUGGUGUAUCUCUGGCUUUUAGUGAUCAAACAGAAAAAUGUCAAGUCUGCUGCAUCAUCAGCGCGACGGAUUUGACAUGCAGAUGAUUGGGAAUUUCUUGAGCUUUGCUUCGAGAGGGGAUAGGGUUGGAUUGAACGAGAUGCUGAGGCAGGGAAUGUCCCCCAACGUGCAGGACUACGAUAACAGAACUGCGCUUCACCUCGCCGCCAGCGAAGGCCACGCCUCCAUUGUCGAACUUCUUUUGGCUUACAACGCUAAUGUCAACCUCCGAGAUCGAUGGCAAAGAACUCCAUUGGCAGAUGCGAAGCUGUACCAGCACCGUGAUAUCUGCAGGAUUCUUGAAGUAAAUGGAGGCAGGGAACUUAUAGAGGACCAAGCAAUGCUCGUUCGUCACGAAGAUGAUUCACAGGAGAAUAUUGAUAUCUCUGAACUGAAUUUGCAGCAUUCAUCUACCAUUGAGCAGGGUCUGUUUGGUGAAUCAGAAAAAGUCAAGUGGCGUGGAACUUGGGUGAUUAAAACAGUAAUCUCCAGGCACAUAUAUCAUCCUGAGAAAAUGGUGCUGUCUGCUAAGGAAAAUACUCUUCUCAGGGAACUUCGACAUCCAAAUAUUUUACAGUUUCUUGGGUCAAUAGUGCAUGGUGAAGAAAUGAUUUUGAUUACUGAAUAUUUACCCAAGGGCAACCUGGAUGACCUUUUAGCUAGAAAAGUUCGGCUGGACCCUGCUACUUGUCUACGUUAUGCACUUGACAUUGCUAGGGGAAUGAAUUAUCUUCAUCAGCACAAGCCCUGGCCCAUUGUUCACAAUAAUUUGCAUCCCAGGAACUUGCUACUUGAUGAAGGUGACCAAGUGAAGAUCGGAGAAUACUGGGUUCAAAUGUUAUAUGAGCGAAUGCAUCCAAAUCAAGAGAAGAGCCAGUUGAGUAAUAUUUCCAAAAACCUUGAUGCAUCAUAUGAUACAAAGAAAGACAUCCGUGCAUUUGGUCUUAUAUUUUAUCAGAUGUUGGAAGGCAAGCACAUUACCAACAUGAACUCGGAAUAUAUGCAUCUCAAGUCCAUUGAGUUUGAGAAGAAGUUCCAUAUAACCCGCUGUCCUGGAAGAAUCCUUCAGCUGAUAGAGCAGUGUACAAGCAAAGAUAUUAGCCAAAGGCCCGCAUUUUCUGCUGUCAUAGAAAUUCUGGAGGAAGUCAUCUUGUUGCUGAAAAAGGCAGGGUGUGCCGUUUGCUGACUCCCAACUCUACCCUGUAAACAAACGAAACAAAUGUGGUCUGUAAACCUUCUUCUCGACCAGUUCACUUCAUGCUUUUCUCACCGUCAUUCUUCUUGUUGUACUUAUGUUCCAAUUCAUAAACUAAUCAUUCAUCUUCAUAAUGCACCCUCAUGAGCCAGAUUGGAUGUUCUAUUACAAAUUUUCUUGUAUCUUCAUAAUGCACCGUUGUGAGCCAGAUCGAAUGUUGUAUUGCAAAUUCUAUUACAUCUCCUAUUGUAUUACAAAUUCUAUUACA